GCACGGCGGGCGGUGUGUGUGGACCGGGCUGGGCCGGUACCGGGACAGAGGCCUGGCGGACCGGGGAGGGCCGUGACACCCGCCCCCCCCCCCCCCAACUUGAACCCGUGUCACCUCCCCUCCUACUCCGUCCCCAAGUCCCCCACGAUGGCAGCAUGCCGCUGGCGGUGAGGUGGCCUUUCCCCGCGGGGCCGUCCCUGCCCUGGGCCCUGGCCAGCCGCCUCGUUACCGGUUUGGUGGGCACCUACAGCUGCGUCUGGACCCGCUACCUGAACCGGUUGCGGGUGCACAACGCCGAGGUGCUGCACGAACUGGUGGAGCGCCGGGGGCCCCUCACUCCCCUCCUCACCCUCUCCAACCACCAGUCUUGUAUGGAUGACCCGCACCUCUGGGGUUCCCUAAAGCUGCGGCACGUCUGGAGUCUGCACAAGAUGCGGUGGACCCCCACGGCCGCCGACAUCUGCUUCACCCAGGAGCUGCACUCGCGCUUCUUCAGCCUGGGCCGCUGCGUCCCCGUCUGCCGGGGGGACGGCGUGUACCAGCGAGGGAUGGACUUCAUCCUGGAGAAGCUCAACCAGGGGGACUGGGUCCACGUCUUCCCUGAGGGCAAAGUGAACAUGGAGCAGGAGUUCGUGCGCUUCAAGUGGGGCAUCGGGCGCCUCCUGGCCGAGUGUCGCCUCGACCCCGUCAUCCUGCCCCUGUGGCACGGGGGUGUAACAAGAAGGUCGCCGCCUCCAAGAGGUUUACAAUCCAUCGCGCGCCCAAGGUUCUCACCGUCUGUCUGAAGAGGUUUGAAGAUUUCACCGGCGGGAAGAUCGACAAGGUUGUGAAGUAUUCCAACUGCUUGGAUCUUCGCCCGUACAUGUCUCAGAUGGAUGGAGAACCGCUCUUCUACUCUUUAUACGCUGUCCUGGUGCAUAGCGGUAAUAGCUGUGAUUCGGGACACUAUUUCUGCUACACGAAGGUAAAGAGCAACUUCCUCCCACACACGAGAAAAACGUGUGCUGAGGAAGACAAACUUUGACGGCAGCGAUACUGGCAGCCAAGGAGAACGUCUCCUUAGAGGCUGCGUUGGGUUUGUUUUGGCGUACUCUUGGUUCUGUAGUUCUUCUGCCUCCGUUUUUGUGGAGAAACCACGCAGUUCGUCUCCAGAUACCGUUGCCUUUUUUUUUUUACAGGCCGGCAAUGGGCUGUGGUACGAGAUGAACGAUUCAUCUGUGGAUCGUUGUGACAUCAGCACGGUUCUCCAGCAGCAAGCCUAUUUGCUGUUUUAUGUCAGGAGCCCUGAUUUAAGGGUGUUGCCUUUCGUUGGCGUGGCGACCUGGUUCAGGAACGGCACGGCGACCAACCCCAGGCCGCUCGGGC